UUUGAUAACUUCUGUUUUUCUUUUUCAUUUCACUUUAACCUUAGGCCUGCCCUGUGCUGGUGAAAUUCAACACCAGAAUCGGUUAAAAUAAUAAUUGUAUGUUUACCUACAUGUGAUUCAAUUUUACUAGCAGAAUAUUGGUCAUUGUUACAAAUUUCAUCUUCACCAGUAAUUUUCAAGACAGUAAUGUUAUCUUCACAAUGAGUCAAUCGUGUCCAUUCAACGUCACUUCAAACGUGCCCCAGCUUUCAGCUGUACUACGUUCACUCACACCUUUAAUCAUGAUGAACUGUCAAAUUAUGGGAUCGUAUCCUGAGGAUAAAAGCUCUCACGUUUACCAACAAUUUUAUCCGAAAUACGAUUUCAUUGUAGUUGGAGCCGGAUCAGCUGGAAGUACGAUUGCAAGCAGAUUGAGUGAAAUUCCAGCAUGGAAAGUAUUACUUAUCGAAGCAGGAACUGAUCCACCACUCAAUUCUGAUAUACCACUUCUGAAUCCCUCUUUGCUGCGCACAUCAUAUGAUUGGAAUUAUCACACAGAAGUGACGGGAGAUACGUGUCUCGCUUUUCUCAAUAAUCAAUGUAAUUGGCCUAGAGGUAAGGCUCUUGGUGGAAGCAGUUCGAUAAAUUUUCUGAUUGCUAUACGCGGUAAUCCUAAGGACUACGAUUAUUGGGAAUCAUUAGGUAAUCCGGGUUGGGGCUACAAACAUGUUUUGAAGUACUUCAAAAAACUAGAACGAUUACGUGUGCCAAAAUAUGAGGAUAAAGUAGCUCAUGGAUAUUCUGGAGAUGUUUUCGUUGAAGAAUUUACCAACAAGACUGUCUAUAACAUCACAGAAGCUAAUAAUUACAUUUUUAAUUUUACUACCCAAUUUGGUUAUAAAGUAGUAGAAGAUAUGAAUGCCCAUUACCAGGCUGGAAUAACACUUCUACCAGGAACGUUACGUAAUAACGUAAGAUGGAAUACUGCCAAAGCUUAUCUUCAACCUGCAAAAGAUCGACGUAAUUUGGUCGUCAUGAAAGGAACAACAGUUACUAAAAUAUUGAUCAAUAAUCAAAAAAGAGCUUAUGGAGUUGAAGUUUACAAAGAUGGUAAGUACAAGAAAAUAUAUUGCAGAAAGGAAAUCAUCGUAUCAGCAGGCACUGUCAACUCUCCCCAGCUACUGAUGCUUUCUGGUAUCGGUCCUCGAGACCAUCUGACUACAUUCAAUAUUAAAGUAAAACAGAAUCUAUGUGUUGGUUGCAAUUUACGAGAUCAUCUGAGCGUAUUGAACUAUUUUGUCAAAGUAAAAUUACAAAGUUACAAAGUUAAUCUAGAUAUCUCGUAUAUUUUGAAAAAAUACUUCAAAUCAAGAACAGAUCUUGGUACUGGAUUUGACAUCAAUACAUUUUUCAACACAUCAGGUUACACUUCUGAUCACCCAAACAUUCAAGUUUUUCACAUAGUUCUUCCUCAUAGCACAUCGGUAGAAUCAAUUUACAGCCAAAUUACACUAUUCAAACCAAACAUAGGUAUACAAAUACCUAAAUUUAUAGGAAAUGCUGCUCAAUUCCAAAUGGCUCCAGUUUUGCUGAAACCAAAAAGCAAGGGUCGCAUUCUUCUAAACAGCAAGAAUCCAUUCGAAUAUCCGAGAAUCAUCAGCGGAUAUCUAACAGAAAGGGAAGAUGUUUAUGCUUUAAUCGAAGCUUUACGUAUUUUGAAUGCCAUGUUCCAAACUGAAGCUUUCAAGAAAUAUGGAACUAUGACGUCUCUUUCAGUAGAAGCUUGUUCAAUACUGGUUCAAUUUUCAGACGAAUACUACGAAUGCAUAGUUCGUCAUUUUGGCGCCUCUGCGUAUCAUCCUGGGGGUACGUGUAAAAUGGGACCUCCUCAAGACCCAGAUGCAGUGGUUAGUCCAAAACUAAAAGUGUACGGAAUAAAAGGGUUAAGGGUGGCUGAUGCAUCGAUAAUGCCACAACUGACAAGUGGUAAUUUGAACAUACCAACCAUCAUGAUUGGUGAAAAAGCUGCAGACAUGAUCAAGAAAUACUGGAGGAGGUAGGUUGUCACAGAGAUGGUUUCUCGAAAUUUCACUUUGAGAUUUGGCCUCAUUAGAGCGUCAUUGAUUCGAUUUUUUGGAGGAUAGAAAGAUAGAAUCAAGAGUGCAAUAUACUAAGUUUGUAAAACUGACACAAAAGUGAAAUUAAAGCCAUAAAAAUUGUA